CUUUAGACCUGUCUUCUUGUCUGUUCUUUCUACGUUUCUUUUGAUGUUAAGCUCAGGAUGGCUCAGGCUCUUGAAUAUGUGUUGUCUCUUUUUCACUGGCUUUGCUACAAUUCGUCAGGAACUGUUGCGUCCUUGUUGCUCAAGGCAUACCACCUUCCCAAAAAAGCAGAACAGGUGCUGGUAGAGAGAGAGAGAGAGAUAGAUAUACAGGGAGAAAGAGAAAGAGGAAUUGGAUUGAAUAGCUUCCUUGAAUUGAUUUCAUUCGGCUGUUUGACCAACCCGUUUCAUUGGCUCAGGUGGCCCAAGAAGAGGGAAUUCCUGUGGAUUUGCCGUUGUAUAGGAAGCUCAUCAACUCAUGCAGGGAAAACCGCCAAUGGAAGUCCUGCAUGCAAGUUCUGAGAUUUCUGGCACACUCCCAAGAACGAGGAUUACGUGCUGAUGCGGUUCUUUAUGGAGCAACUAUGGCAAGCGCUUCUGACUUAAUGCCCGAGAUGCCCUGGAAUCGGAAGACCGCUGCUAGGUGGCCGAAAGCCUUACAAGUCUUGGACGGUAUGCGGCAGGACAACGCCCAAAGAGAUGCUGCCUCCUGGCGCAUUGCAUCAUCCGCAUGUGGACAGGGCAAGCAGUGGAAAGCAGCAGCACUACUGCUUUCAGAGAUGCGCUGGGCAACCUGCGAUGUCGGAGCGGAAGCCUAUACAGGUGCAAUGCUAGCUGCUUUGAACUCGGAAUGGCCUGCAGUGCUGUCACUCUUCCGUGACCUACGACGGCGGCCAAAAGUCAAGCUGAACACGGCGGUCCUCAAUGCUGCCAUGUUGGCCACAGAUGAGGCCGGCCAGCCGGAACGAGCCAUACGUCUCCUGCAAGCCGUGCAAUCAUCCGGUGCUGCAGAGCCCAACGUGCUAAGUAUCACGAUGGCGAUGAUGUCUACGACUGGCAUCCAGUCCAUCCAAGAUGGUUGGAGUCGUGCAACAAGGAUCUUCGCUCAGGCUCGCAGCCGAGCGAUUCAGCUCAACCGGGUGGCCUACACCGCCCUCACAGGUAUUCAAGAACAUGCUGGACGAUGGCAGCUGGCACAAGCAACCAUCCAGAAUUCUCGAGCUGCCAGGGUGGCCUAUGACAUGCGUGCAUACAACAAAGCAAUGCGAGUCGUGAUUGGACCAGCAGUAUGGGACAUUGCUCGAACAGUACCCCCUCUUCCAAUACAAUGACCCCACGCCCCGGAUUGGAGAAAAGAAGGGCGCCAGUCCGUCGGUGGACCCGGUGAACGUGCCAAGACCGCUGUUUCAAGAUCAGAACAGAUCAAACGAGCUGAAAAUGGCUGCCUUUUGGGCUCGAGCAUUC